AUGGCAUCUGGAGGCAAACAGUCGCCACCGCCUCCUCCUGCUGCUGCAGCCAGCUCAGAGGAAGAGGAGGAGGAUGGCGACGCCGCGGACCGCGCGCAGCCCGCGGGGUCCCCGAGCCAUCAGAUCCAGCAGCGGUUCGAGGAGCUGUGCAGCCGCCUCAACAUGGAUGAGGCGGCGCGCGCCGAGGCCUGGAGCAGCUACCGCAGCAUGAGCGAGAGCUACACGCUGGAGGGAAAUGAUCUUCAUUGGUUAGCAUGUGCCUUAUAUGUGGCUUGCAGAAAAUCUGUUCCAACUGUGGGCAAAGGGACUGUUGAAGGAAACUAUGUAUCUUUAACUAGAAUCCUUCGAUGCUCCGAGCAGAGCCUAAUUGAAUUCUUUAACAAGAUGAAGAAGUGGGAGGACAUGGCAAAUCUACCCCCACAUUUCCGAGAACGUACUGAAAGAUUAGAAAGAAACUUCACUGUUUCCGCUGUAAUUUUUAAGAAAUAUGAACCCAUUUUCCAAGACAUUUUUAAAUAUCCCCAAGAAGAACAACCUCGCCAGCAAAGAGGAAGAAAGCAGAGGCGACAGCCCUGUACCACGUCUGAAAUUUUCCAUUUUUGUUGGGUGCUUUUUAUAUAUGCAAAAGGAAACUUCCCCAUGAUUAGUGAUGAUCUGGUCAAUUCCUACCAUCUUCUGCUAUGUGCAUUAGACUUAGUUUAUGGAAAUGCCCUACAAUGUUCUAACCGUAAAGAACUUGUGAACCCUAAUUUUAAAGGCCUGUCAGAGGACUGCCACCCCAAGGACUCUAAACCUUCCUCUGAGCCCCUGUGUGUCAUUGAGAAGCUCUGCUCCUUACAUGACGGUCUGGUGCUGGAGGCAAAGGGAAUCAAGGAGCAUUUCUGGAAACCCUAUAUUAGGAAACUUUUUGAAAAAAAGCUCCUCAAGGGGAAGGAAGAAAAUCUUACUGGCUUCCUGGAACCAGGAAACUUUGGAGAGAGUUUUAAGGCUGUUAAUAAGGCAUAUGAAGAAUACGUGUUAGCCGCUGGGAAUCUGGAUGAACGGAUAUUUCUUGGCGAGGAUGCCGAGGAGGAAGUUGGGACUCUCUCACGGUGUCUAAGUGCUGCCUCGGGUACAGAGAGUGCUGAACGAACACAGAUGAGAGACAUUUUGCAGCAGCAUCUUGACAAGUCUAAAGCGCUUAGAGUCUGCACACCACUGACUGGCGUGAGCUAUGUUCAGGAGAACAGCCCUUGUGUGACUCCCGUCUCCACAGCUGCACACAGCCUGAGCCGUCUUCACACCAUGCUGGCCGGCCUCAGGAAUGCACCCAGUGAGAAGCUGGAGCAGUUACUCAGGUCAUGUUCCCGUGACCCAACUCAGGCUAUCGCUAACAGAUUGAAAGAAAUGUGUGAAAUAUAUUGUCAGCAUUUCCAGCCAGACGAGAAUUUUAGUAAUUGUGCUAAAGAAAUUGCCAACAAACAUUUUCGUUUUGCAGAAAUGCUUUACUAUAAAGUAUUAGAAUCUGUUAUUGAGCAAGAACAAAAAAGAUUGGGAGACAUGGAUUUAUCUAGUGUUCUGGAACAAGAUGCAUUCCACAGGUCACUCUUGGCCUGCUGCCUUGAGGUUGUGGCUUUUUCCUAUAAGCCUCCUGGGAAUUUUCCAUUUAUUGCUGAAAUAUUUGAUGUACCACAUUAUCAUUUUUAUAAGGUAAUAGAAGUAUUUAUUAGAGCAGAAGAUGGCCUUUGCAGAGAAGUGGUCAAACACCUCAAUCAGAUUGAAGAACAAAUUUUAGAUCAUUUGGCAUGGAAAACCAAGUCCCCACUGUGGGACAGAAUUAGAGAUAAUGAAAACAGAGUCCCUACAUGUGAAGAGGUCAUGCCACCUCAAAACCUAGAGAGAACAGAUGAAAUUUAUAUUGCUGGCUCUCCCUUAACCCCGAGAAGGGUGAGUGACGUUCGUGCUGAUGCUGGAGGACUUGGAAGAAGUAUAACAUCUCCAACCACAUUGUAUGACAGGUACAGUUCCCCAACAGUCAGUACUACUAGAAGGCGGCUAUUUGAGAAUGAUAGUCCCUCUGAAGGAAGCACAUCUGGGCGCAUCCCCCCACAACCCCUAGUCAACGCUGUCCCCGUGCAGAAUGUAUCUGGGGAGGCUGUUUCUGUCACACCAGUUCCUGGACAGACCUUGGUCACCAUGGCAACAGCCACUGUCACAGCCAACAAUGGACAAACAGUGACCAUUCCAGUACAAGGUAUUGCCAACGAAAAUGGAGGGAUAACAUUCUUCCCAGUCCAAGUCAAUGUUGGGGGCCAGGCACAGGCUGUGACUGGCUCUAUCCAGCCCCUCAGUGCUCAAGCACUGGCUGGAAGUCUGAGUUCUCAACAGGUGACAGGAACAACUUUGCAAGUCCCUGGUCCAGUGGCCAUUCAACAGAUUUCCCCUGGUGGGCAACAGCAGAGCCAAGGCCAGCCAUUAACCAGCAAUAGUAUCAGGCCACGGAAGACCAGCUCCUUAUCACUUUUCUUUAGAAAGGUUUACUACUUAGCUGGUGUCCGCCUUCGAGAUCUUUGUACAAAACUAGAUAUUUCAGAUGAACUGAGGAAAAAAAUUUGGACCUGCUUUGAAUUCUCUAUAACCCAGUGUACCGAACUUAUGAUGGACAGACAUCUGGACCAGCUGUUAAUGUGUGCCAUUUAUGUGAUGGCAAAGGUCACAAAAGAAGACAAGUCCUUCCAGAAUAUCAUGCGUUGUUACAGGACUCAGCCACAGGCCCGGAGCCAGGUAUACAGAAGUGUCUUGAUAAAAGGGAAAAGAAGAAAUUCUGGCAGCAGUGAGACUAGAAGCCACCAGAAUUCUCCAACAGAACUAAACACAGACAGAGGUAAAGGAGCCAGUAGAGAUUCCAGUCCAGUUAUGAGGUCAAACAGCACCUUACCAGUUCCACAGCCCAGCAGUGCCCCUCCUACACCAACUCGACUCACAGGUGCCAACAGUGACAUUGAAGAAGAGGAAAGAGGAGACCUCAUUCAGUUCUACAACAACAUCUACAGGAAACAAAUCCAAACGUUUGCCAUGAAGUACUCACAGGCAAACUCGCAGCAGACGGACACUCCUCCCCUCUCUCCCUAUCCAUUUGUAAGAACAGGCUCCCCUCGCCGAGUCCAGUUAUCUCAAAGUCAUCCUAUCUACAUUUCCCCACAUCAAAACGAAGCGAUGCUUUCUCCCGGAGAGAAGAUUUUUUACUACUUCAGCAACAGCCCAUCUAAGAGACUAAGAGAAAUUAACAGUAUGAUACGGACAGGAGAGACUCCAACUAAAAAGAGGGGGAUUCACUUGGACGAUGGAAGUGAAUCACCUGCAAAAAGAAUCUGCCCAGAAAACCAUUCUGCUCUGUUACGCCGUCUCCAAGAUGUAGCUAACGACCGAGGCUCACACUGAGGUCAGUGUUCAGGAGGAAACUGUCUCCACAUGAAAUGCUGAGCAGGACUGAUGCAUGCAGGAUUACGGAACCUUGCUCCUUCAUCCAGCAGCGGAUUAGAGGAGGUAGAAAAGGGAAGCUCCUCUGACUUGAUGUGGCAGUAAAUGCCUGUUAUCCCAUCACCCAAGGGGUAGAGGUAAGAGGACCAGGAGUUUAAGGCUAACCUGAGCUACAGCAUGUCUGGGGCCAACUUGGACUACAUGUAACCCUUACUUAAAAACAAAAAAUGGAAGGGACAUUUUGGUAAGAAAUCAGACUUAUUCCAGUAUCCUUAGAAAGUUUUAUUCAUCCCAGUUGAUUCUUCCUCUACUUAGUGCUUACCUUCAACACUGCUCAGAAUCCAA